UCCCUGCACAGCCUCGCCCCUAUAAAAACCUCCCCACCCGAAUCCGAAGUUUCUCUCGUUUUCGUUCUCUCUGAAAGCGCCAGUUUCCAGAGAGAAAGCCAUCAGCUUUCAACGCUUCCUCCUGCGAAAAGCAAUCAGAUUUCUCCGUCAUUUCUGCAAAAGGAAGAACGUCAGGGAAAGGGAAAGGGCAGGAAAGCAAAGCAUCUUCUUUUCUUGGCAGGGGGAACGUCUUUGGGCGGAGUAUCGGAUUCGUUCCCGCGCGAGGCGGAGAGGAUGACGGGGUCGUUGCGGGGGUAGGACCGACCCGAGGGGAGAUCGCUGGGAAUGAGGGAAGGUGACGGCGAGUUAGACGGGGCGGGGUCGAGGAUGGUGAAAGGGUCGCCGCAGAAUCUGUUGACCGACUUCCAACACGAUCUGUUGGCGGGCGCUCUGAUGGGGGGCGUGGUGCACACGAUCGUCGCCCCGAUCGAGAGGGCGAAGCUGCUGCUCCAGACCCAGGAGAGCAAUCCGGCCAUCGUGGAAGGCGGGCGUAGGAAGUUCCGGGGAAUGUUCGACUGCAUCUUCCGCACCGUCAGAGAGGAAGGCGUCCUCUCUCUCUGGAGAGGCAAUGGGAGUAGCGUGCUUCGUUAUUACCCCUCGGUGGCACUCAAUUUCUCUCUCAAGGAUUUGUACAGAAACAUGUUAAGGAGGGGUGAUUCUCUGAAUGGUCACUUCAUUUCAGGUGCACCAGCCAACUUCAUUGCUGGGGCUGCUGCUGGGUGUACGACUUUGAUCUUGAUAUACCCACUUGAUAUUGCUCACACUCGUCUAGCUGCUGAUAUUGGGAGAACGGAGGUUCGUCAGUUUCAAGGGAUUUAUCAUUUCUUGGUCACCAUAUGCAAGAAGGACGGCGUCCGAGGGAUUUAUAGAGGACUUCCUGCAUCUCUCCAUGGAAUGGUGGUUCAUCGGGGCUUAUACUUUGGGGGAUUCGAUACGAUGAAGGAACUACUGUCCAAGGAACCCAAGACUGAAUUGGCACUGUGGAAACGCUGGUUGGUGGCUCAGGCAGUCACAACCUCAGCCGGUUUGGUGUCCUAUCCUCUUGACACAGUUCGGAGGCGGAUGAUGAUGCAAUCUGGAUCGGAGAAGCCGAUGUACAAUAGCACGUUUGAUUGCUGGAGAAAGAUUUAUAGAAUGGAGGGUGUAGCUUCUUUUUACCGCGGCGCAGCUUCGAAUGUGUUCAGAAGCACAGGGGGAGCUGCAAUUUUGGUUUUGUAUGAUGAGGUCAAGAAGUUUUUGAAAAGGAGCAGAUUAUAGUGGAAAUUACUUUUGACAGAAUUGAUUCUUUCCUUUUCUUUUCGGGAAACGGUAGAAGCAUUCAAGAGGCAUCCAUUCAGGGAAAAGAAAAUGGAUCAGUUUAUACCACCUGUGAGGCUCACAUAGUUGAUAUCUCCCAAAACUACACUACAGUUGCCAUUAAGUUUUAGAUGCCGUGGCAAAUUAAGUCUCGGGAUUUUGUUACCAAAUAAAGAGGCCAAGGUUUACAUUUUACU